CUUCUUGUUAACGACCUCGAGGACAACGACCAGCCCACCGCUAAGCUUCUCUCAGUUGAAUAUGAGUUUCGCGGAUUUAGAAGCGGGUCACGGCCAACCGUCACGAACCGCAUCCUCAUCUAUACCACAGUCUCGAGAGGAUGCCGCAUUUCGGGAACUACAGUCAUCUUUAUCUCUGCAAGUCUUCAAGAUGAAUGCGAACAUUCAGUCUAUUGUCAAGUUCGUUGAUCAGCUGGGGACAGGGAAGGAUUCGGCAGAGUUGAGAAAGAAGCUACAUGACCUAACGGAGACCACGCGUGCAAUGGCAAAGCGAAGUUCUGAUGACUUGAAGAAGCUAUCAGUGCUACAAGCUACUUUGCCCCAUCAGAAGACUGCGCUCCAGAAGACGUCGCAUGAUCUUCAGUUCUCUCUCGUCGCUUUUCAACGCGCUCAGCAAGUCAGUGCAGAGAGACAACGAACCGUGGUGCAGGGUGUCAAGCUGGCGGUUGAUGAUGACCAACACACACCACGGCCUGCAGAGCUUGAAUCAACACCGCAAGAACAGCGGCAGGCGCAGAUACUUCAGGCGCAACUAUCACCACAUGAGCUAGCCUACCAAGAAUCUCUCAUUCAAGAACGCGAAGCUGAAAUACGGGAGAUAGAAACGGGAAUUCACGAACUUGCUGAAAUCUUCCAUGACCUUGGGACGCUGGUGAACCAGCAGGGAGGCAUGCUAGAUAAUAUCGAGUUGAACAUAUCUUCUGUGGCUCAGGACACCGGCGCCGCUUCAGAGGAACUUAGAUCUGCUGCGGUGUAUCAGCGCAAAGCGGGUCGACGCGCGCUGUGUCUCAUGAUUGUUCUUGUCAUCGUUGUGGCAGUUGUCUUACUUGCCCCUUGGAUACCCUGUAAACUAUGACAUCACUUUAAUGCACACGACCCUCACUUCCAAACCUUCCUCCCUCCAACAUCCGGUGGCACAGUCUAUGCUGAUAGCAUCUUUCUUAUUAUUUUGAUUCUCGGACGUAGUUCAGCAUAGUUGGGAGUGUUAGGUGGCCUGAUAGCGAAUCCUCUAUGUAUUCCAUAUGUUAUUAUCAUGGACUCGAUGAAUUUUGUAGCCUUGGAUUUUGAUGUCGCCCG